AUGGCUUCGUCCACGGGAACGGGCUGGGCCCAGCUUCGACAGCAGGCGAGAUCAUUAGAAACACAGACAGACACUCUAUUCCAUACAUUCUCUCAAUUCGCAUCCGUCCCAAACAUACCCAUUAAACCGUCCGAAGAUGAGAGACAGACGGAAUCCAAAAUACAGGAGAUCCUAGAGAAGCGGGAAACCCUUAUCUCGCAGCUAUCACGCCUCCUCGACUCAGAAGCCACGCUCACAGCCUCCGCCACCAAACAGAACAAUCUCUCUCGCCACCGCGAGGUUCUACAGGAGCACCGCCGAGAGCUGGCACGCUUGAAGUCCCAGUUGCAAGAGGCUCGCAACCGCGCCAACCUGCUGUCCAACGUGCGGAGCGACGUCAAUGCGUACCACUCCAGUAACCCCGAGGCGGCGGAAGCCGAGUAUAUGAUCGGCGAGAGGCGGAGGAUAGAUAACAGCAAUAAUAUGACGGAUUCGGUGCUCAGCCAGGCGUAUGCGGUGAAUGAGAGCUUUGUGCUUCAGAGGGAGACACUGGCGAGCAUCCAGAGGAGGAUUACAGGGGCGGCAAGUCAGGUGCCCGGCUUGAAUAGCCUGAUAGGGAGGAUAUCGGCGAAGAAGAGGAGGGACGGGAUUAUUAUGGGAAGCUUCAUUGCCUUCUGCUUCCUUAUGUUCUUAUAUUUCAUGUGA